AGUAUCUACUGAAGCAGUAACCCUGCGUACGCAAAAAGUACCGGCUAAAAACCAUCAAGAGCACACUAGCCCCUUGAAACUUUGAAUCAAAGAAGUCGAAGAGGACCGACAAACACAUUGCUAUAAAUCAAGCCCCCGCCCUGAACCUGAUUACUACACUUAAGACAAGACUACCGCAUCGACGACUAAGCGACUCUUGCUGCACCAGGAUCCUUAAAUCAUAUUCAAAAAUGUAUCGCUUGUCUCUCUUGGCGAAGGCCUUUCUCGCGCUGCGCGUCGCUACAUGCGGAUCACGGGUUGCGGGAGUCGUGCAGCAGGCGCGCAAAUCCAAGAGUGGCAACCGCCGUGGAAGUCGGGAGACCCUUGGGGGCGCUUCUCACAGCAUGGCAACCGACGUCGAUGGCGACAAGUACGCGUUUCUUGAAGAAGCUGCUGGACAAGAUUCUGAAACAGUUGACCCGCCGUCGCAAGAGGAGCUGGAGUGGAUUGAGAUGUAUGACAUCAUCGGGGCUGAAUUGGCAAGCGAUCGCUUUUCCCCGGAGAGCAAAAAGUUGCUGGAAAAGGCACUAAAUAGGUUGGACACAGCAUUCAAUCAGGUUGCAAACGCUCCGGAAGAAAUGAGAGAGAUUACGAUUGCCAAUGGCAAAGAUUACAUCGCAAUCGUCAAGGCAGCGUGGACAGAAAUCGAAGGCGCUCUGCAGGAUCCUGACAAUCUGCAGGAUCCGGACGACUUGACUUACCCAACUGGCGUCCUCAAAGACCGGUUCGUGACCGCUUUCUGGAAUAAAGUGCGGUAUAUAUAAAAUUAGCAAUUCAUGAUGAUGAUGAUGAUGAUGAUGAUGAUGAUGAUGAUGAUGAUGAUGAUGAGAGCGAGCAAGGACCUAGUAAGGUGAUGACGUCCUACGCCAAGAAUGACAACACUAAAACACGAGCCACGAACAUCUGGCCCCUGAUUAUGCUCGUGAGUAGCCUCGCAGUAAGUAUGUCAGAAGCUUCACUGAUAGGGUGAAUGUAUAUACAACAGCUUAUUGGGUCUGGCUCCAAGAAGAUCCGCAGACAGUUUUCCAGGUCGUUGAGACGUUCUUCUGCGGAAAUUCGGGCAAGGAAGAGGUGAAAGUAGAGGGGGUGUCUGGUUCCAGCGGGAAUCUGGUGGAACGUUUUUGGUCAGAUAAAGGGAGCCAGCCCCCGGACACAGGAAAGAAAUUGAGAACAAUGCACGCACAGCUACGAGGUUCUCGGAAAAUCUUAACACGAGAAUUAGCGCACUAGGAUAAGCUGAAGCGUUUGAUUGUUAUGUCGGGCUCUCACACGGAUUCGCGUUGUUAGCAUGAGAGAUUUCGCAAGUUUUCUUUCGUGUUAUAGUAUAAGGCCGUGCAUAGUAGAAUGAUUGAUUUUUUUUUUGGAACACUCUUGCUUGGUUAGAGCACUUUGCUUGGGAAUCUUUUGAAACACUCUUGCUUAGUCAGAUACAUAGCGGGAGUCUGCCCUCGGACACAGAAGAGAAAACUAAUAACAAUGUGCGCACAGCCCCGAGCUUCUCGACAAAUCUCAGGGCGAGAACUAUGCCACUGAGUACGCUCUGAAUUAAAAAGAGCACGCGUGGCUGAUUGACCUCCGCGUGCGUUUUUUAAAAGAACGCGUUUUUUAGAAGAACGCACAUGGCUGAUUGACG